AUGAGUGAUGGAAAAUUAUUCGCCAAGUCCAAGUCAUCCGAACUAAGAGCUGAAUUGGACCAAGCUUUCAAGAAAUCGAAGCCUCAUAAUAGAGUAAAGAUUGUACUCAAGAAAGUAAUUGCGAAUAUAAUCUUGAACAAUAAUGAGUUGGUUAACUUGAUGCCUGAUGUAAUAAAAUUAAUGAGAAUCGAUGAUUUAGAAAUCAGGAAGAUGUGCUUUCAAUACCUUACAAAUUAUGCACAUCAUAACCCAAAAGUUGCUCAUGAAGGGCUUCCAUAUUUAAUGAGAUUCAAGGAUGAUCCAUCUCCAAUAAUGAGGGCUUUGGUAAUAAAAACAUCAUCUUCAGUUCCCAAUAAGGAUUACGUGGAGUUCACUAUUAAGAAUAUCAGGAAAUUCUUAAAGGACCCUGAUGCGCAUGUAAGGAAGACUGCGGCAUAUUCAGUUUGCAGAUUGUAUCAACAUGAUGAACGUAUGACAUCAGAAGAGAACUUCAUAGACGAUUUGAAUGAGCUCCUAUACGAUUCAAAUCAAGUCGUCGUAUCCAACACGUUAGCAGCCCUAAGCUACAUUACUGAAAAUGGGAAAUCAUUAACACUCACUAUAGAUAAGUCUCAUGCAAUGACAUUAACAACUUAUUUGGGUAAAACGAAUGAAUGGUGCCAAGUGUAUAUAUUGAACUCAUUAAUGUCAUAUGUACCCCAAACAACGAAUGAGGCUUUAGAUCUAAUUGAUGCUACAAUUCCAUCGUUGCAACAUGAAAAUUCUGCUGUUGUGUUGAAUGCAAUCAAGGUUAUUGUGUACUAUAGUAAUUACGUAAAAAAUACCCAAAUUGUCAUGCCGUCCAUACCAAAAAGGUUGGGUACCUCACUUGUGUCACUAUUGUCAAAACCUCCUGAAAUUCAAUUCCUAGUCUUGAGAAAUGUUAUAUUGCUAUUAUUAGGUAAAAAAGAAUUGGUGAACUUUGACGUUGAAAUGUUUUUCUGCAGAUUCGAUGAUCCAAUCUAUGUUAAAGAUACAAAACUCGAAAUUAUCUAUUUGCUUGCAAAUGAGAAUAACGUAGACUUAGUCCUAAACGAGCUUGAGGAAUAUGCAACUGAAGUUGAUGUUGCCAUGGCCAGAAAGGCAAUCAGGGCAUUUGGAAAUUUGGCAGUUAAAUUGGAAGGGGCGAGCCAAGAUUGUGUGGAGGUGAUCUGCGACUUGGUUUCCAAUGGUAUCUCGUAUAUAGUACAGGAAUCAGCAAUCAUUAUUAAAAACAUUUUGAGAAAGUAUCCGGGGAAAUUUAAUUUUGCAAUCGAUGUGCUACUCGAGCACUAUAAACAUAUAAACGAACCUGAUGCCAAAAUUGCAAUGAUUUGGAUUUUAGGCCAACACUGUAAAACUAUCAAUGGUGUUCGGGACAUUUUUGAAGAUUUUAUUUCAACUUUUAGAGACGAUCCUAUUGAAGUUCAAUACGCUGUACUAACAGCAGUUGUAAAACUUUAUCUUCAGAUUCCAUCUAUAGGGGAGCCCUUGGUUUUGAAAAUUUUGAAAUGGGCCACAGAAGAAGUUGAUAAUCCAGACCUUAGAGAAAGAGGCUUUUUAUAUUGGAGACUAAUCUCGUCAGAAGAAAAUCACAAGAAAGGAAUUUCAUUCCAGGAGACGACUAAGCAAAUUGUGUUGAAUUCUUGUCCUAUUAUAAACGCUGAUAAUGAUAAUAUAGAACCUACCAUUUUGGAGGAAUUAGAGUUAAAUAUAGGAACAUUGGCAUCAAUUUACUUAAAACCGGUUCAAAGCGUCUUUCGAUUUUCCAAACACAAACAAUUACAAAAUAGCCCGGCUUUAUUCGAAAGACCUCUUCCAUCACCACCAGACUCACAAAGGGACACCGAUGGUCAGAACAUGGAACAGCAACAUCAUCAAAAGAAUAACAACUAUUCACCAGCAAUGGAUUUUUCCGACAGUUAUCCAGCGUCUCGACUGGCUGGCUCCUCGCAUGACAAAAAUCUUAUAUCAAGAGAUUCGCAUAAGCCAUUAAUGCUGAGCCGUCAAUCUCACGAUUCUGCUACUUCGAGUGGAGAUGAACAUAUUAAGAAACAGAGCUUAGCUAAAAGAAUUUCAAGAAAAGCUUCUGCAAUAUCUAUUAGAGGAAAUAAGUAG